AUGGCACAGAUUUUGGCACCAACUUCACAAUGGCAGAUGAGAAUUACAAAGAGCUCAACCACUGCUAGUCCUAUGACAGCAAAGAUGUGGAGUUCUCUAUUGUUGAAACAGAACAAGAGAGGACCAACCAAGAGCUCUGCUAAGUUUCGAGUGCUUGCCGUGAAGUCUGAAGAUUAUACCAUAAACAGGCUGGAGGGUUUACUGAAUUUGGACCUUACUCCAUUUACUGACAGGAUUAUUGCUGAGUACAUUUGGAUUGGAGGUUCAGGGGUUGAUGUCCGUAGCAAGUCAAGGACAAUAUCAAAGCCUGUUGAACAUCCGUCUGAGCUUCCCAAGUGGAACUAUGAUGGAUCAAGUACCGGGCAAGCACCGGGUGAAGACAGUGAAGUAAUCUUAUACCCUCAAGCAAUCUUUAAGGACCCUUUCCGUGGUGGCAACAAUAUAUUGGUGAUUUGUGAUGCAUACACACCACAAGGCGAGCCUAUCCCAACAAACAAACGCGCUAGGGCUGCUGAGAUUUUUGCGAACCAGAAGGUUAUAGAUGAAGUUCCAUGGUAUGGGAUAGAGCAAGAGUACACAUUACUUCAAACCGAUGUGAAAUGGCCUUUGGGUUGGCCAGUUGGAGGCUAUCCUGGUCCUCAGGGUCCCUAUUACUGUGGUGCUGGUGCAGACAAGUCAUUUGGCCGUGACAUUUCAGAUGCUCAUUACAAGGCUUGCCUGUAUGCUGGAAUUAACAUCAGUGGGACCAAUGGGGAGGUUAUGCCUGGCCAGUGGGAGUAUCAAGUUGGUCCUAGUGUGGGAAUCGAAGCUGGAGAUCAUAUAUGGGCUUCAAGAUACAUUCUUGAGAGAAUCACUGAACAAGCUGGUGUUGUUCUCACUCUUGAUCCAAAACCAAUAGAGGGUGACUGGAAUGGUGCAGGAUGCCACACCAAUUACAGUACAAAGAGCAUGAGGGAAGAAGGUGGCUUUGAAGUUAUUAAGAAGGCAAUUUUGAAUCUGUCGCUUCGCCACACUGAUCAUAUUAGUGCCUAUGGAGAAGGAAAUGAGAGACGGUUGACAGGAAAGCAUGAAACAGCCAGCAUUAACACAUUUUCUUGGGGAGUGGCUAAUCGUGGUUGCUCAAUCCGUGUUGGUCGUGAAACUGAGAAGCAAGGAAAAGGUUAUUUGGAGGAUCGGCGCCCAGCUUCAAACAUGGACCCUUACAUUGUGACCUCACUGCUGGCAGAAACUACAUUAUUGUGGGAGCCAACACUUGAGGCUGAAGCUCUUGCCGCUCAAAAGCUUGCAUUGAAUGUCUGA